AUGGCUUCAACUCUUCACUUAGCUAUCAUAGUAUUGCUGUCAAUCGUUGCUUUUAGUCAACAGCAAGGUUAUUAUUGCUACCGAAUCGACUUUUUUAUUAUGUCAAUUUGUAUUCAUUUAGAUCUGUUGACGUUGCUCUUUCGGUGUCGCCAGAAUGAAGUAUAUAAGUGCGGUUCAACAUGUAUUGAAACAUGUACGUACAAACCCGAGAUAUGUUCAAUGAUAUGCAACUAUGGCUGUUUUUGUGCUGAUGGGUAUGUGCGACAAUCUGAUGCAACUGGAAGUGCUUGUAUUAAACGUGAAGAAUGCAAAACUGUCAGCGAUUCCUUACUAGUCUGCGGACAAGAUGAAGAAUACUCGACAUGUGCUUCAGCAUGUCCUGCUACGUGUAGCGAUAUACGUAAUCGUGUACAAGAAUCAGCGAAAACUUGUAUUGCAUUGUGUAAAUCAGGUUGCUCUUGUAAAAAAGGAUAUUAUCGGGACGACAAUGGUAAGUGUGUAUUACCAGAAGAUUGUUGUGGCAAAAAUGAAAGAUACAAAACAUGUGGUUCAUCCUGUGUUGAAACCUGCAGUGAAAAACCAUCUAUAUGCACACAACAAUGUGUUGCUGGAUGUUUCUGCGGCUGCUCAGAUUAUGUUCGGCAGAAUAAUAGUACGAACAGUCCUUGUGUUCAUCGCGAUGAUUGCGCAAAACAAUGA